UUUGAAUGCUCAGAAUGUGGAAAGAGGUUCAGUGAGAGACGGAAACUUCAGAUGCAUCAGAGAACCCACACAGGGGAGAGACCUUUUGAAUGCUCAGAGUGUGGAAAGAGAUUCAAUGACAGUAGCAGUCUUCACAGGCAUCAGAGAACCCACACAGGGGAGAAACCUUUUGAAUGCUCAGAGUGUGGAAAGAGAUUCACUGAAAGUAGCAGUCUUCAAAGUCAUCAGAGAACCCACACAGGGGAGAAACCUUUUGAAUGCUCAGAGUGUGGAAGGAGAUUCAGUCGGAGUGACUCUCUUCAAAGUCAUCAGAGAGCCCACACAGGGGAGAAACCUUUUGAAUGCUCAGAGUGUGGAAAGAGAUUCAGUCAGAGUGGCCAUCUUCACAGGCAUCAGAGAACCCACACAGUGGAGAAACCUUUUGAAUGCUCAGAGUGUGGAAAGAGAUUCAGUCAGAGUGGCCAUCUUCACAGGCAUCAGAGAACCCACACAGGGGAGAGACCUUUUGAAUGCUCAGAGUGUGGAAAGAGAUUCAGUCAGAGUGGCCAUCUUCAAAGUCAUCAGACAACCCACACAGGAGAGAGACCUUUUGAAUGCUCAGAGUGUGGAAAGAGAUUCACUGACAGUAGCAGUCUUCACAGGCAUCAGAGAACCCACACAGGGGAGAGACCUUUUGAAUGCACAGAGUGUGGAAAGAGAUUCACUGACAGUAGCAAUCUUCAAAGUCAUCAGAGAACCCACACAGGGGAGAAACCUUUUGAAUUCUCAGAGUGUGGAAAGAGAUUCACUGUCAGUAGCCAUCUUCACAGGCAUCAGAGAACCCACAUAGGGGAGAAACCUUUUGAAUGCUCAGAGUGUGGAAAGAGAUUCAGUCACAGUGGCCAUCUUCAAAGUCAUCAGAAAACCCACACAGGGGAGAGACCUUUUGAAUGCUCAGAGUGUGGAAAGAGAUUCAGUCGCAGUGGCACUCUUAAUCGUCAUCAGAGAACCCACACAGGGGAGAGACCUUUUGAAUGCUCAGAGUGUGGAAAGAGAUUCACUGACAGUGGCAGUCUAAAAAGUCAUCAGAGAACCCACACAGGGGAGAGACCUUUUGAAUGCUCAGAGUGUGCAAAGAGUUUCACUAACACUAGCAAUCUUCAAAGGCAUCAGAGAACCCACACAGGAGAGAGAUCUUUUGAAUGCUCAGAGUGUGGGAAGAGAUUCAAUCAGAGUGGCAGUCUUCAAAGGCAUCAGAGAACCCACACAGGAGAGAGAUCUUUUGAAUGCUCAGAGUGUGGAAAGAGAUUCAGGCACAAUUGUCAGGUGGUCCGAAUGACCCAAUCGAGGGUCCUCCCUGAUGGAAUCUUCCAGAAGCUGUCAGCACCCACCCAGUCCCCCCUAACUCCUGGUUACACACCUGGAUACAGGUUCUCAGGAUUCACCAACGGCAGCCUUGAGAAAGAGAAGGUGGGGGGACGGGGUGAAAUCAUCAACACCUGCAAGUCAGACGGACCAUUUAAUACUCACAGUAACCCUUGA